UACACACACACCGACACGCACACACACAUAUACACACACGCACAUACACACGCGCGCACACGCGCUCUCUCGGACGGGAGAGGGGGGGGAUCGCGCGCGCGCCUCAGUCAGUAGCAGCAUGCCUCGCGCCGCGGACGUAGCUGAGCGCGCGCGGUCGGUUUAACGCGCUGAGCGGAAUCACAGCAGCGGUACGGGUGAGGCGAGGGCUCGCGCGCGCCGCCGCCGCCGCUGGGAUGGACGAGUCGUCGCUGCUGGACCUGCUGGAGUGCUCGGUGUGCCUGGAGCGGCUGGACACCACCGCCAAAGUGCUGCCGUGCCAGCACACCUUCUGCCGCCGCUGCCUGGAGAACAUCGUGAGCUCGCGCCACGAGCUGCGCUGCCCGGAGUGCCGCAUCCUCGUGGACUGCGGAGUGGACGACCUGCCCGCCAACAUCCUGCUCGUGCGCCUGCUGGAUGGCAUCCGCCAGCGGCCGCAGCGGGGCGGGGGCAGGCCGGGGCUGGGGCUCGGAGGGGCGGCCGGGAUGGCGGCGUCUCCCCCCGGUACAGCCAUGAGAGACUCGCCCAGCGCCACGCGGAGCUCCCCGGUCAAGAACGUUCCUCAGCUUCCGUGUGGUAAAGCUCUCUACAGCUACGAGGGGAAGGAGCCGGGAGACCUGAAGUUCAACAAGGGUGACAUCAUCAUCCUGCGACGGAAGGUGGAUGAGAACUGGUAUCAUGGAGAGCUGAAUGGCAGCCAUGGCUUCCUCCCGGCGAGCUACAUCCAGUGCAUCCGCCCCCUGUCCCAGACGCCGCCGCAGGGCAAGGCUCUCUACGACUUCGAGGUCAAGGACAAGGACCAGGACAAGGACUGUCUCACCUUCACUAAGGAUGAGAUUCUGACUGUGAUUCGUCGAGUGGAUGAGAACUGGGCAGAGGGCAUGCUGGGAGAUAAGAUUGGGAUUUUCCCCAUCCUGUACGUGGAGUUGAAUGAAACGGCGAAGCAGUUGAUGGAGAUGGAUAAACCGGUGGCUGUCCCCGGCCCCAGCGCCGACCCUGGCUCUCCUCCGUCCGGCUCCAGCUGUAACGGUAACGGGCAGGUGAGCACGGCCAUUCAGCGCCGGCUGGACGGGAAGAAGAACGCUAAGAAGCGUCACUCGUUUACGGCGCUCAGCAUGACACAGCGCACGGCGCAGGCGCUCGCCAACAACCGACACUCCAUGGAGAUCAGCGCCCCCGUCCUCAUCAGCUCCUCCGACCCCCGAGCCGCCGCCCGCAUCGGGGACUGUCCUCACCUGUCCUCCAGCGCACCCACCACACAGGACUCGUCUCUCGCCGGGAGCUCCGGCUCAGCGGUGGCGGUCAGUCCGAGGGUGGCGACAGCGACUGGAGAACUUCUGGCUGCUGCGAAGGUCCAGCUGCCUCUAAACAUUUAUCUGGCGCUGUACGCCUAUAAGCCGCAGAAGGCAGAUGAGCUGGAGCUGAGGAAGGGGGAGAUGUACCGCGUGACGGAGAAGUGUCAGGACGGCUGGUUUAAAGGAACGUCUCUGCGCAGCGGCGCCUCCGGAGUUUUCCCCGGGAACUACGUCACACCUGUGUCCAGGGCUCCGUUUGCGGUGGGUCAGACGCGUCCCUGUCUCCCCGGAGCGUCUCCAGCAGUUAAAGCGGUUCCUGGAUCUCCAGGCUCUCCGGGACCCUCCAGCCCCGUCCUGCUGAGCUCCGCCUCCCGCUCCACCCCCCCACUCGCCACACCUUCAUCAUCCUCAUCCUCAUCCUCCCCCCAUCUGAAGAACUGCCUGCGAAUGUGCGGCCAGCAGCCGGCCAAUCAGGUCCGGCCACCAGCACAACUGGUCCACAGUCCUCCUGCGGGUGGCAGUCCAGAGCGUCCCAGCGUCUCGGUGUCCCCGCUAAGGCCGCAGGGCUCCCCGUCCCGCUCCCCCGGCCGGCCGCUCUCAAUGGUGGCUUUACCGCAGUCUCACUCCGCCCUGCCCCCCGUCGCCUCGGCAACGCCCCGCCCCCUCAUCCCUCUGAACUCUGCCGCCGCCGCCAUCACGCCCCCCAACGUCACGGCCGCCCUGCUGAACGGGGGCGAGACAGCGGGCAUCCCGCUGCAGCCGGGGUCACCCGGACACCCCCACACACACAGCCAGCCACAGGGGGCCACUGCCCUGCCCAAACUGGAGGAGAAGAAGGUGGAGAAGAAAGAGAAGAAGAGCAGUGCUCUCCUGAAGCUUCUCUCAGGAGCAGCAGCGAAGAAGAAGUCCCGCUCUCCUCCGUCCGUCUCACCGACGCACGAACCCCGGUCCCCGGCGACCGACCCGUCCUCGUCCCCCGUGCAGGGCGCCAUGGCGUCGGAGCUGCAGCCGGCGGGACACGGCCGGGCGGGGUCCUGCCCCAUUGAGAGCGAGAUGCAGGGGGCGAUGGGGAUGGAGCCGCUGCACAGGAAGUCCGGAUCACUGGACCUGAACUUCGUCUCUCCGCCGGUCCGGCAGCCCUGCUCCUCCUCCCUGCUCGCCAUCCGACCCGAACCCAAACCCCUGUCCCGCGAGAGGUACCGCGUGGUGGUGCCUUACCCGCCUCAGAGCGAGGCCGAGAUCGAGCUGAAGGAGGGCGACAUCGUCUUUGUGCACAAGAAGCGUGAGGACGGCUGGUAUAAGGGGACUCUGCAGCGCACCGGCCGCACCGGACUGUUCCCCGGCAGCUUCGUCGAGAGUUUCUGAGACCCUGAGGCCGAGAAUCCCACCACUAGCGAGCAGCUACAAGCUAACACAACCACCUGGGCCACUCAAGGAACUCAAGGAACUCAAAGAACAUAAAGUGAUAAAGGUUUACAGAGUUUCUCCUGAGGCAGAGACGUGGCCGUCGUUUCCCCCUGCGUCCACUAGGGGCAGGGUUACCUCCCGCGGCACAGUUACCCAACGAGCACAAAGAGAAAUGAGCAAAAUCAUUCGCUGAUUAAAUCAGUUUAAAUCCCUUUCCCCUUUUUAUACAAGCGAACAAAGCCAUGAUUGGUCCCUUACCAUACACAACUGUAACACACACAACCAGCUUAAGCUACUGUACAUCCUUCAUCCCAGGAACCUGAUGAUCCCUCCCGAAGCCCUCAGCAGCCCCGGUCUCAGAUGCUAACGUUGCUAAUGUGAAGUGAAACGGUGUGUCUUCAUCUCUAUCGUGGUUCAGACUGUGUUUCCAUUGGCUGAAAAAGCCUCGAUGGCCAUUUUCUCUCAGUUACAGUGAGUUUACACCAUCAUCUCAUCAUCUUUAUCAGACUUCUUUAUAAAUGAGUUUUUAUAGGAAUCAUUUUUGGAAAAUUCCCUUAAAACAUCAUUUCAAACCUUUGAAAUCAUGCUUGAAAUUGUAAAUGGUGUGGGCGAAGGUUCUGUUUCUCUGCACAGAAGAUCGUUUGUCAUUUAUCCAUUUCAGGCAGACCUGUUUUUUACCUGCUAGAUCUCUUUUGCAUCGCAAGAGUUUAGAUAAAUUUAAGAUCUCUGCACCCUUUCAAAUACGGUAAAUAAGGCCCUGUUUACACAGUAAUAAAACAUGCCCCGUAUAUGGAUAGUGUUUGAAUACACAAUUAAAUAGAUAAGUUAGUGUUGGCUCAACUUCAACUUCAAUCCAGAUCCCAAAGUUCUCAAAGUAGCCCUGAGAUCAGAGCGAUGAGCUUGAUAAGCUUGUUUACAUCUGGCAUUACUUCAGAUUACACUUUUCACUAAAAUGCGUCCUCAGAGAGACCAGAGACUUUUAACAACUUUUUAAAUACUGUACAUGACUUCUCAGCUGUUACUUCUGGUGUAUUUAUUUAUUUUAAAUGACAUUUACUAUUAGUAUUAUUACCUUUAAUUAAUCUGUAUUAUCUACAAAAACAGCAUCUUCUGAAUCAUGCUAAUAAUGGUACACUGACUGUAAUGGAGAGAAAGGGAGAAUAGCAUCUCCACACUACUACUGCACUAUGAAACUUUGGUGGAAUUGCACAAGUAUCAUCAGAAUUGCAUAAACGUAGCAUAAGCCGGGUCACAUCCGUGCAAAAUCCUGUAACAUUACUCUACUACUCACUCAGACAGUGCUUCUGUAUCUCUCAGCUUGUCCACAAAUGCAUGCAUUACGGAGCCCCUAAGGUGACAUCAUGGGAAUAAGAUCCUAAUGCAUGGGAACUAGAUCAUUAAGGUGAGGGAACUAGAUCAUUAAGUCGCAGGUACAAAUGAAGGCGUGGCCACAACUUGUGGAAACAAGUUAAUUCAUAGUCAUUAAUGCGUGGCCACAAGGUCCUUUUGUUUCACAGCUAACAUUUUUUUUAAAGAUUAUUCUUGGAUUGGAGCUUUGAUGUAAUAUUCAGCCUCUUCAUGGGGAUUAAUUUACAGAAAAGCAAGCUUUAUUAUUCUCUUGCUGCAACUUAAUUAUCUUGUUCUCACGCAUUAGGAUCUCAUUCCCACGCCUUAUUUAACAUGAUGUCACCUUAGGGGCUCUGUAGUAUUUACUGCAGUGGAGUAAAAGUAAUUGAAUUACACUCUUCAACCACAAGGGGAGCCCACGAGCAAAAAAAUAGAUAGAAAAAACAAUUUUAAUUGUGUAAUACUCAUUAAUACUAACACUAACCUAAAGACUAUACAUUAAUCUUUAUCAUAAAUUACAGGUUUGACAGGAUAGUAUGCAAAAUAUUAACACACUAAUACGUUUCAUAUUAACAGAAACAGCAUGUCAUUUUCUUCAUUUUUCUGCCGCUACACUUGCAUCUUGUCUCCUGUCCUUUCCUCAACUUAUUGCAUUGCAUUGUGGGAUAAUAUCGAAACCACAAUUCACGUACACAAGCCAUACUGUUCACUGAACAAUUUUACAAUUUUACUAUACUCCAACUUAAGUUUGAAACUUUAAACUCUAUACUAAAUACUCAAAUACUAGAUUAUUGUACUAACAAUAUAAGUACGCAACUGUGAUGCACACCAACUCUCGCAUAGAGCUGAUUUAAUGCAGAAGCUCUGUCUAGAUCUGAUUAGACGACUAGAUGGUCAUUUGCCCCCCACUUACAGAAGGGUGAAGGUGAUCUGAUCUUGUUAACGCCAGGUGUAAACAGGGCCUUAAUAACAUUUAUUAAACAUUAUUAUAUAUAUAUAUAUAUAUAUAUAUAUAUAUAUAUAUAUAUAUAUAAAACCCACAGUCAGAGCUGCUACAGUAGUAAUGCACAGGUAGCCUAAGCUGCAUCAUUAAAAAGCACAAACCCUCCUCAUUCAGCUUCGUGGAGCCACCAGGGGAAGAGCUGGAAGUGCUUUAGUCUCAGAGGAACCAAACUGCACCCUGCAGGUUACCCACAAACAUCUCAAUUAGAGAGGAAGUGUGAAAAAUAUCCCAGCUGUGUUCUUUCCAGGUCCACCGAGGAAACAGAAUGUAGUGCUUUCUUUAUUUGUAGACUUUCUUUUAUUUGCUCUUACAUGAAUGCACCAUGUUCUGAAUGUGUCUUAAAUAUGGCAACAAGAUGAUGACGUGUCUUUUCCAUGUUUGGUCUUGGUCAUGCUUGUUCUAAAAGCGUGGAUUCGUGACUCAACGGAAAAAAGUUGUUGUGAAAAGACUUGUGAAAAGAUUGAACGCCUCCAAAACCAGUUCAUGCACACACACAGUUCUCGCACACACUUGCAUUCGUCUUAUCGUCCUUUUCUGAGGACGAAAAGAGAAGAGAAGAAGAGAGGAAGAGAAGAGGUAGAAAGGAAAGAGGGAGCUGGAAUAGGAGUUGUUUGGCGUAUAUAAAAGCAGCUGGUGUUGUAAGAGCAUAAUCGCUAAUCUCGGCAACCGGCCACAAAGCCCAGGCGACGCCGCUGGAAACUUUUGAGCCGCCGUUGGGCAAUUGGAUUUCAGUCGCUAGGUUUUGAAAGAGCCGUCAGAAAGCACACAGUCCAGGAAGCACAAACAAACUUUCAAAGAUCUACAGAAAGAAGGGCUUCUUCUUUAAAAUGCAGCCGGUAGCAUUGAAUCCAGAGGUGGGGAGAAAUGGGCGCCAAAGAAGCGAAGAGUAAAAAGGAAGAGGGGGUGAGGACUGUGUGGUCUAAUCUCCUCAAUCGUGCCAGAGACCAGCUUGGGAUUGGUGUCAAACCACUGUGGAUUGUGGAUUUAGCACGUUGGGUAGUGAUUGGAGGAUUGACGGGGAUUACGGCCCACUGGUAAAUCAGAAAGAGCUGAGAUUAAAAGCCACGCUCGCUUGGCGGUGGUUCUCUCUUUGUGAUGUUCAGGCCGGGCUGUAAUUUCAUCACCCGCGAUGGAUCGUCUUGUCGUCGGUCGAGACUCCACAGACCUCUCAAUCUCAACCGUGUCCUGUUUUUUCCCAGCAUUGAGCUGCCAUGAUGCCAAUCAGAUAGACCUUCUAGACUCCUUUAAGCUAACGCUAAUAAUACAACACACACUGAUACACAACACACACAUCAAACCGUCUUUGCCUCAGUUUUUCUAAAACACUAAGAAAUAUAAAUUCUAGAUUUACAGAUUGACAGCCUCUCUUGGACAAGGCUUGAACGACUUCAUAAAAUUGGUGGGUCCCAACUCUUAACUCUUAAAUCUUAACUGGCCCUGGAGUACCUAAGCCUUAGCUUGUUUACUUGAUUAGCAAUCUCAACGUUGAAUCAAAGUUGGGGUCGCUGGAAGAGAUUGGUUCUCUUUUGAACCACAUUCGAUCAGUUUUUGUCAACCCAGUCUUUAUUGGGUACGCCAAGACAGAUAUUCUAGAAUACAGCAGGUAUUAAGUUCUUGAUUCUUUUAGUCAAGACAAAAAAAGUUCAUUAAUUCAGACAUUAAUGGACAUUCUUCUUCUUCUGACAACUACACACUCCCUGUUUCAAGAACAAAGAAAUCAAGGUCUGAAUACCAGAAACCUUGUGAAGUACCUGUGCUGUACAUAAGUGAUGGACUGAAUAACACUUUAACAGUAGGUCUCAGUCUUGGACCAUUUGUUCUUUAUUGUUUUCAGAUUUAGAUUUGUGGUGAAACUCUCACAGUGGUGUUGAAUGGACACACCUGCUGAUGCUCAAUGUUUUUCCUCCACUUUUUUAACCAUGGAGGCACAAGAGAGGCAACCCAGAGUCCAUCAGUGAAAAUAUAUGCAUAAAAACAAGUUAAUACGUUAGAUUUAGUCAGAUCAGUGGGAUCUAAAAACUAUAAGAGCACAACACUGCUAUCUAGUGGCCAGCCGUUAAACACAACACAAAGUGAAACACUGUUUGAUGUGACAUGUAAUCUGGUACUUAAACAUUUAAAUCACUUUUGAGAAUUAGAACAGUAAUAUAAAACAUAAUAUGCUAGCACUUUGGUUAGCGGCUAAUGCUAAUACUGCUCCAGCCUUAGUGCUGGAUAAACUUCACUGAAAAUCCUGUAUAACUCUGUACUUCAGUGGAGUGGCUUUACUGCUCAUUAAAUCCUUAGUACCUUAAGGUGCAUUGGAUUAUAAAAUGCACUGAUGAUUUUUGGGGAAAAUAAAAGGAUUUUAAGUGCACCUUAUAGUGCAAAAAAUACAGUUGUUAUAUUGACCUCUAAUUUCAUUUACCACCACUGUGUUUCUCUACAAUUCGAUAGUAAAUCAUUCUAAAUGACUUUGCUUUCAUCUGAUUGAUUAAACAGUGCAGAUAUGGAGAAAUGGAGAAAUAAAACUCGUCCUGAUUGAGCUAAAAAGGACAUGAGAGCAGGUACUCCAGGUUUCAGUACUCCAGGUGUCAGUACUCCAGUACUAGAACUGGAAACCCCAGUUCCCCCGUGCUCUUCAGCCCCACCUCCUCCAAAUCCUUCUCUCGUCUUUGCGAUCUUGGUGCCGUUGCCAAUUUGCUCACUUGAAAGCCAAGCACAAAUGCAUCUCCAUGUUGGAGACGAGGCGCUACCAUGAUGACAUGGACAGGUGGACCCUGAAGUUCUUCUGUCCAGGAAGUUCCUCAUUUAUGACCACUGAAAAUGAUCUUUCAGAAGGGUUCCCCUUCAUAAAUGCAUUGAAAAAGAAAAAAAAGAUCUAUAUAAAUAUAUAAAUAUAAAAAAUAUAUAUUGUGAGAACAUAUUUAUAGGCUAUUGGUGCUAGAGUUGAGACGUUGAGGAGCAUCGCCUCAAAAACUCACUCUCUGGUGACUUUGACAUCGUACUCAUUUACACAUUGUCUUGUACUGACUACUCGUGAUCAGUUUUUUGUGUUUUUUUCAUGUCAAGUGCAUUUUAGCAAUAAAUGCCUUUGUUUUAAAACA